CUCAUUCUCUUUCUCUACCUCUUUUAAGCGCAUAAAAAAAAGGGAUGGAGGACAGUGGAUUAUCAAGUAAGCAUAUCCCAUGACACCAUUUUCCCAUCAUCUUACCGCAACUCUGCACUCAUACUUGUUGGUCUUUUCCUUGUGUGUACUAUGUCUCCCCUUGAGUGCCUUCUCCAUCUCUGUCUUCUUACUCACCUUUCCUUCUUUGUUGAUCACUUCUCAGCUCAGUUCUUCCCAUGCCAUGUCUGAGGCUCUACCUCCAUCCCCAACUCCCAGCUCCACCCCACCUCCUCUGCAGCUCCAUGAAGCAUCCACUCUGGACUUCAACCUUGUGGUGAUAGUAGCAGCCAUGCUAUGCUUCUUGGUCUGCGCUUUAGGCCUCAACUCUACCCUCCAAUGUGUGGUCCGCUGCACACGCCUUGCACUCACUGAGCCAGUCCAGUGGGCCGCUUCACGUAGACUGAACUCAGGCUUAAAGAAGAAGGACAUGGUAGCUCUGCCAACCUCAACUUACUCCAAUUCUGGCUCACCAUCAAGGUCUUCAGGCUGUGUUAUUUGCUUGGCAGACUUUUCAGAUGGGGAGAAGAUAAGGGUGCUUCCUAAAUGCAACCAUUGGUUCCAUGUCCCCUGCAUUGACAAGUGGCUGCUCUCUCACUCCUCCUGCCCUACUUGCCGGAAUCAACUCAAGUCCAAUGACUCUCUGCCCUCUUUAGAAACUCUCAUAACCUUGUAAACGUUCAGUCAAAGUAGUGUUUUCCUCUGCUUCAUGGUCUUGUCAACUUUGAGUAAUUGUUUAGUACUGUUUUCCCUCUGUUUACCUCUCUUUUUCUUCUCAUUCUUUCGCUAUGUAGUUAAUUGUAGAGGCUCCCACUGCCCUGUGACUCUUCAACUUUCAGUAUGUAAUCCUUUAAUUUCCUUUCAUGCAAGUGAAUUAAGCUGCUGUUUCAGCGGAGUAAACACUUAUCGUUCAGUUUCUUUUCUUA